CUCCGGCGGCGGGGGCGGCCCCGGCCGCGCCCGAUUAAAAGGCGGCACCGGCGGGGCGGUGGAGGCACAGCGGGCUGGGCAGGACGGGACUGGACGCUGGGAUCUGCUCUCCCUUCAGGUGCAAAGAUGGGGUGCUUCACCUUUAUCAAGGUCAUGAUGAUCCUCUUCAACCUGGCCAUCUUCCUCAGUGGUGGGACCCUCCUGGGAGUUGGCAUCUGGGUCAAAGUGGAUGGAGAGUCAUUCCUGAAAAUAUUUGGGACGCUGUCCUCUAGCAUCCUGCAGGUUGUGAAUGUGGCCUAUCUCCUCAUCGUCAUUGGUGCCAUCCUGGUGGUGAUCGGCUUCCUCGGGUGCUACGGUGCCCAGAAGGAGAGCAAAUGUCUCCUGAUGAUGUUCUUCUCAGUGGUGCUGAUCAUCUUCAUUGCUGAAGUUGCUGCUGCCGUGGUGGCUCUGGUCUUCACAGGUCUUGCAGAGACGUUACUGACAGGUCUGGUGACCCCGCUGCUGAAGGAGAAGUAUGGGGUGGAUGAGGCAUUCACACAGAUCUGGAAUGUCACCAUGACAGAGGUUCACUGCUGUGGCCUGAAUAACUACACAGACUUCAACAACUCCUACUUUUAUGAUACACACCACAGCUACCCCAGGCAGUGCUGUGACAUGCAGGACCCCUGCAACAGCACAAUGGCUGCAGAAAUGGCUGUCCAGGGCUGUUUCAAACAGAUCUUAGAAGAAAUCAGGACCAACGCAGGAGUGGCGGGUGGCGUGGCAGCCGGCAUCGCUGCCUUGGAGAUUGCAGCCAUGGCAGUUUCCAUGUACCUGUACUGUCAGCUGGAUGAGAAGUGACCCCCUGAGGCAGGAGGAUGACCUGCCACCCCCCCAUGCUGGGGUGCAGCCGUGACGUGCCAUGCUCUCAGGGGGACCCCAUCCCUCCCCGGGUCUGAUGCUCUCCUGUGCACUGUGAUUUGUAGCUGUAUUUUGAUCUACUGAGCUGGGAUCUGUAGAGUUUGUGUAUAUUUUUGUACUGAUAUGGCAUACAGAGCCUGUACAUAGAGAUUUGGGGUGUUUUUUGAUUGGGGGGUGGGUGUUGGGAGAAGCUGCUUGGUCUGUUUGGCUGAUGCCAGCAGGAAAUAAGGCAGCACAGGGGCUGUUCAGGGCUGUUGAUCUGGCAAUGGCACCGUGAUGCCUUAAUACACCCCUGCAAGUGGGUGCUGCACUGCUCUCACACUGUCCCUGCUGUGUCCCCCUGCAUCACUUUGAGGGGAUUGCUGCACCCUCACUGGGGAUGCAUCUACUCCUGCACAUGUCUUCUGCUAGCCCUGGCCUUGUGGUCCCCUGAAAGAGGGGCUGGCUGGGUGCUGCCUGCUCUCUGCCUCUUCCCUGGCAGGGAGACAGCACUGGUGGUCCCUGGCUCUGCAGGGGCUGAGCCUGCCCUGUACCCCAUGACAUUUUGUGCCUGAGCCCCUCUCCAUGCUGUAAAGGAAUGCAAAUAAAUUUUUCACCUUGGAUACAAA